CAGCCGCGAGCAGUCAAGCCGUAGUACAACAAUUAUUUUUAUAAAAACAAUAUUAAAUAUGAAGCUGUUCGUGGUUGCCGCCGUGCUGGGAGUGUGCUCUGCCGCUCGCCUAGACAAUACCUACCUCCCUCCCAGAGGAGGCGCAGGCUCAGGGUUCGGAGGCAAUGGAUUCGGAGGAGGUGCCGGUGCUCCGGGUAGAUUUGGUAGCGCUGGCGGCUUCGGUGGAGCCGGAGGAGCUGGAGCUUUCGGAGGCGCCGGAGGUGGUGCAGGAUUCGGAGGUGCAGGAAGCUACAACGGAGGUGGAGGUGCUGGAAGUUACAGCGGCGCUGGUGGUGCUGGAAGCUACAACGGUGGCAAUUACAACGCCAGACAAUCAGCCGACGCUGGCGCUCAAAUCCUACGACUGAACAACGAAAUCAAUGGAGACAAUUUCGCUUACGACUUCGAGACAUCCAACGGUAUCCGUGCUGAAGCGUCCGGUGUGGCGACCAACGGUGUCCAGUCUCAGGGCAGUUUCGCUUACAAGGGUGAUGACGGUCAAGACUACAGCAUCACUUAUACUGCUGACGAGAACGGAUUCCAGCCCCAGGGCGCUCAUCUUCCCACACCUCCCCCAAUCCCGGAAGCCAUCUUGAAAUCCCUGGAACAGAACGCCCGCGAUGAAGCUGCUGGUAUCGUUGAUGAUGGAUCUUACCGCGGUGAGGGUGCCGGCGCUGGCAACGGUGGCUACUCGUCUGGACCUUCUGGUCAAUACGGCGCUCCCUCCGGUGGUUUCGGAGCUGGUUCCAGAGGAUCAGGUUUCGGUGCCGGCAGCACUGGGGCUGGCGGUUCCGGUUUCGGCAAUGGCGGUUCUGGUUUCGGUGCUGGCGGUUCUGGUUUCGGUGCCGGUGGUUCCGGAUUCGGCUCCAGGGGUACCUCCUUUGGUGCUGGCGCUACUUCUCGUCAGUACCUGACCCCUAACGCCGGCCCCAGAGGAUCUGGCAAUGGAAACUAUAACUCUCAAACAGGAUACCGUUAUUAAAUAAUCAAUAAUGAUGACGAGGGAUAGUUAAUAAGGUUUGAAAUGCGCUUUUAGAAUAUCUUUUAGAUCUAAUAUUACUCUUUCCUUUAAACCACCGAUAUGAAGAUGAACAUUACUAAAAGAAUGCGAUACACGAUUGUAAUAUUUUGUCAAAUCGCAAGGUUUUGGAACGAGAUGGUUUUUUUUUUCUUUUACGCGUCAUAUUUCUUCAUACUUUUCUUAUUACUCCCUCUAUCGUCAUUAUUUGUUAAACCGGCGACGAAUUAAGCUAUGAACCGAUGUUGUGAUGAUUAUUUAAAUACUCAAUGUCUAUUUACAAAUAGAAAUUCUUCUUUAAAGUCAUAUACUCUGUUGAUCUCAAAAUCAUUCUUAUCCAUUAUCUAUUUUCAUUAUUUUUCAAUUGUUUAAAAAAAAAAACUUAGAAAUAGUUUAUACGCGGCGUUGUAAAUGGACAGUACUAGUUGUAAGAAAAAAAUGUAUAAAAAAAAUUAUACGAUGCUAUAGUUUUAAGUUUGUAAAUAUGAAUAUAAUAAAGAGAAUUUAGCAAA